AUGAUCAACAAACUAAUCCUAAACCUAAUGAUGGUACAGAGCAUCAUUGCAAGAGUUAGCAUGGAGGCUAUAAAGAAAGUGAACGAAAUUCCGAUUGGUGAGACGAAAGAUGUAUUUAUUAACCCAGAAGGGCCUCUGUGCCUGCUGCGAGGAUACAUUGGAGACCGAAGCGGACACAUGUACAACAAACGGUUUUAUUCACCUGAGAUACACACAGACUAUGCAUUGACUAAGAAAGGAAUAUCUGAUGCAAACGAACAGGAGUAUCAAUUUGAAAGAAAUCCAGUGAAAGACAGGGUAUACAAAGACAUAGCUACACAGGCCCCCAAUGGGGAGUAUCUUAGCACAUACCAUGCGCAGAUGAUAAAGAUGUUUCCGUCUGUAGAUGGAAACCUUUCAAUUGAGGCAGGUAGACCAACUGCAAUUACGAACUUCUUAAGAGCAGAUCACGUUAAAGAAGAUGCUAAGUAUAUCCUUGCUGCACUUCUUCUUCUCUCAGAGGGUGUUGACAUUAAAAUAGCAGUAGACCACACGGGAAAUAAAAAGAAGCUUCUCAUAAACAGCAAGACAGUCGAAGGGAAGGUAUUUGCAAAUAUAGAGUUGUACAUGGCAGGUAUAGAUCCAGCCAAAGAUGAGUACAAAGAAAACAUUCCCCAAAAUGAGACAGCUGAAAUUGUCAACUUCUAUUUGCGCUGCAGAGACAAGAAAUACCUAAGGAAAGGAGGCGAUUUUGGAAUGCCUGCUAAUAAAGAAGAAUUUGAAAGUGGAAAGUUUCUGAACAAUGCAGGCUUUCUUAUACAGACGUACAUAUACGAGUUCAUUGACACAGUGGAGGCUUAUACAAGCCUUGCGAAUGCAGUGCACGAAUUACUUGUAGACCAAAUGACUGAUAAAGGAAACCCAGAUGAGAACACUAAUAAGAAAGACAAGAAGGGAAGAAUAUUCGAUGAGUUUUUUCUGAAAAAAGAAGCAUUUGAUGAAAGCAAAAAAUACAUUACGUCUUUCUAUGAUCUGGUGAGGGCCACCAACGAAGAUGCUAAACUUCCCUUCUAUAGUGUUAGUCAGCUGCCACAGUACACUAGAGUGCCGUCUUUAAAACUAGACAGAUCUGGCUUUAAUUUAGACCAAGCCUCACGCUACAGCGACUGUGUGGAGACAGGCCUUCUUGGUCUAUUCUGCUGUCUGGCAUACAACCCAGAUGCAAGAAGGUACGAAACCAGUCACAUGGGAGAUAAAAUAAGUAAAGAAUUAAAGGCGUUCUUUAAAAAGUAUCCUGAGCCAACUGAAACUGUUGACUUUAAAAUGCACAUGGAGUGGGCUAGAGUUGUUGCAGGCUUGGAGAGCGACAAGAUUGACUACAAGAGAGAGAAAAAUGAACUUCGUUCUGGGCUUAUGAAUAUACUUCUGGUAAUUGCAGAAAUAACAGGAGAAGAAGAAUCUAUAAUGGAGCUAAUUCAGUAUAUAGAAGAAUGCACUCCAGGGAAUUUAAGCAGUGAAGCCACCAUUGCAGUUACAGAUAUGAUGGAGGAAAUUAUUACACGGUUAUCGUAUAAUAAGGAUCUAAGCGUAGAAUGCGACAGAGUAGUUCUUGGGAAAAGAACAGGUGGAAAAGAUGAUAUUUUAUGUGAAAUUAGAAUUGCCUAUAUAUUUGAUGAUGCAGAGUGUGGAAUCAAUCUAUAUAUAGAUAAGGGACAUACGACUCUUAAUCUUUUCCAAGUGGAAGUAGAAGAGUCCUUCGAUGUUAGCGAAAAAUACGAAGAAGUAAUCGAUAUUUUCGGUAAAAUGAAUAGUUACAUAGGAUAUAUUGCUACUAGGUACGCUAAUACCGAGCUAUCUAAUUCAGGCAAAAGCACUGAAACGAUCUUUUCUGAACAGAAAGAUGCCAUAGAGAAAAUCAUAAAAACCAGUGAAUUUAGUCAGAUUCCCAGAAUAUUCUUAACACAAAGGAUUACUGAUUCUUGCUGUAAGGAGCAUAUUAUGGACAAAUUUAUACUAUACUCAAUAAAACAAGAGAUCUCAGAAAAUGAUCCUGCAACACGCUUUACUGCAAAUAUCUUAGGAAGUGUUCCACUGGAUGACGGCAGAACAAUGGAGAGACUGGUGAAAAUGUUCUUCUACAGUGCAAACUGGCAGACAUACUACCCAAGUCUUGGGUUUAAGCCAUCUGAGAAUCUACCAAAAAAGAAAUACUUCAUUACAGACAUGGGGUUCGCAUAUAAGAGUAUAUUAAAAGAAAAAUCAGUUGAUCUUGCAAUCAACUCCGUUAUAAACUAUAUAACAAUGGACACAGAUAAAGAGUUUGAUAUAUGCGAUGUACUGACUAAGGAAAAUAUAUUUAUAUCUUUAUUUGGUCUCCUGCAAGACAAACAAGAAAUAGAAGCACUUAAAAGGUUUAAAACCGCAUUUGAGAAGUACAGAGACCCAAAGAAUUCAGAAUCCAUUGAUAACUUGUAUAUCUCUUGGUUUAUAUAUACAUGUUCAAAUUAUAGAAAUAAUUUGAAUUUCAUUCAAGUGGUUUACAACCUCAUGAACUUUGAUGGUUUAAAUCCUGACAAUGAAAAACCCAGUGCAUGGUUCACUGACCGCAGUUUUGCUUUAGACACUCUAAAAGAGAAAAAAGCCCUGCUGUGCUCAGAAACUGACAAAGAAAGCAUGAAAAACUACAACAAAGCAGUGGAUUUCUUUACACCUACCUACUAA